GCCGCCAUGGCGGAGAAGGAGGGAGGCGGCGAGGAUAAUACAGUAGCUGAAAUUGAGAAGAAGAUUACAGAAGCUUUUGAAGUGUUUGACCAUGAAUGCAAUCAAACUGUGGAUGUCAGAGAGAUUGGUUCAAUUGUCAGGUCACUGGGUUGCUAUCCCACUGAGGCACAACUACAUGAACUGCUUGCAGAGGUAGAAGAAGAGGAACCCACUGGAUAUAUUCAUUUGCAAAAAUUUCUUCCAGUGAUGACAAGAGUACUAGUUGAAAGAAGCUACCAGCCCACUCCAGAAGAUGUUCUUCUACAUGCAUUUGAGGCUUUAGAUGUGAAUAAAUGUGGAUAUCUUACCAAAGAGGAGCUGGUAAAAUAUAUGACUGAAGAAGGUGAGCCCUUUACUCAGGAAGAAAUGGAGGACAUGCUCUCUGCAGCUCUAGAUCCAGAAACAAAUACUAUGCGCUACAAAGAUUACAUUACCUUGAUGAUAGUAGAUGACGUUUAAGAACUUCCCUUACAGAGUCUGACUUGCUUUUGGUAACAGCAGUGUAGCUUGACAGUUACUUGAAAUAUGUGUAGCAUAGCAUAGCAAAGCUCAGCUUGUGACCUUGUGCUUAUAAUUAAAAUAAAAUCUGUGUA